CAAAUUUUCUGCAGAACAACUAAAUUAAGCCAAAUUAAAUCACUCUGAGGGACAGUGGGAGUCGCGAGUAAUUGGCAACUAUAUUUUGGGGGUCCCGGGCUGAAAAAUUUGGGAACCCCUGGCCUAUGCCCCGGGUCGGCCCUGCAUCCACCCACAUUGUGAGAGUGAGGAAAGUUAAUAUUUCAGCCCGGGCGGCCUUGGACAACGAAACGAGCAACCCUCUCCGGGACAACAACGGACUUCCGGGGCCACGACGACACAAAAGAAUGACAGCUGAUUCGACCAAUAGACAGCUGACUGGCUGUGACGUCACUUCAUUUACAAGGGGCGGGACGUCCGCUGGAGUAAGCUAACUAAUAACAUGGCGAAGACUUACGAUUACUUGUUUAAACUACUUUUGAUCGGCGAUUCAGGCGUCGGAAAGACCUGUGUGCUAUUCAGAUUUUCAGAGGAUGCCUUCAAUUCAACGUUCAUAUCCACGAUAGGUAUCGACUUCAAGAUCAGGACAAUAGAAUUAGAUGGAAAGAAGAUCAAGCUACAGAUAUGGGAUACAGCAGGGCAAGAGAGAUUCAGGACCAUCACAACAGCCUACUACAGAGGAGCCAUGGGUAUCAUGUUAGUGUACGACAUUACAAACGAGAAGUCCUUUGACAACAUCAAGAACUGGAUACGGAAUAUAGAAGAGCAUGCUUCAGCAGAUGUAGAAAGGAUGGUCCUUGGGAACAAAUGCGACGUCAAUGACAAGCGACAGGUGUCCAAAGAACGAGGAGAGAAGCUGGCACUGGAGUACGGGAUUAAAUUCAUGGAGACGAGCGCAAAAGCAAACGUCAACGUUGAGAAUGCCUUCUUAACCCUCGCCAGAGACAUCAAAGCAAAAAUGGACAAGAAGCUGGAGGGCAACAACCCGCAGGGCAGCAACCAAGGAGUAAAGAUUACAGAACAGCCCAAGAAGACCAGUUUCUUCCGCUGCACUCUCCUGUGAGGAGAUUGGAGCAAUCGGCAUCCACCAGAGCCUUAACUUUGUCCCCCCCACUGGACAGAACUGGACAGACAGAGCACACUCUGUUCUCUCUUUUUUUUCAAUUUAUAUUUCCUGUCUUCCUCCCUCUCUUUCUGAUUGUUCCAUAAUCUCAUUUAGCAGAUAAAACAAGCGUUUAUUUCCCCUUGCCUUACCAGUCUUCCUAUGUCACCAGCAAAUCUAAUAACUGAUACCCCUGCCAUGUGCUAAACACGAUUGCCUUGAUGUGCUUAUACCAACAGUUUCAACCAAAUUCCUUCAGUUUUAUUGACUUUUAAGGACUGACUGCUGGUGAGACCCUAGAAAUGAACAAACUUUACUACUUACAAAAUCUGAUGACGAACUGGUCAUCUGUUGAUAGUGUCAUUAAGUGAAGUCUUAUUUAUUGGAUCCUCAGCACGAAAACAGCCCACGUUGUAUUUUAUAUCUAGUCCUAUCUAUAAAAUAAUCAUGCAAUCUUUGUCUGCAGGGUGAUAAGAGCACAAUCCCGGUUGAGCACAGUUUUUGUAAUCUAAGAACAUUUAUAUAAUUUAUCCCACCUAUGAAAAAGUAGUGCCAGCAAAUUUUUUUACUCACCAUAUCUUCAUUGGGGUUUAUAUGUCCUCUGUCCACCUUUCUACUGUGUCUUAACGAUGAUUUCUUUGGCUGAAACAUUCCUCUCUUGAAAACUUAAAUGUGCAAUGUAAUAUGUAUGUGGGGCCCAGAUUAUUUUUCAUCUUAAGUAUUCACCCACUCUUGGUAAAGAUUGGGUUCUUGACCAAGUAUGCUUAAUUGAAGGGGGCAUUGAUUCCUUUUGUAGUGUCUUACCUCAUUGUUUCAGGUAUUGCAGUUUCUCAGAUAAGGUGGAUGUUAUUGGUGGGAGGUGAACAGUUAUUUGUUGCGUAUCUUCUGGUGGACUAGCAGUACCUAAUCUGAACAGCUGGUGGCAAUAGAGUUGCACAGCAGAGGCACAGAAGGACUGACAGCAAUGACAAUAUCAUUGUUUGAUACUUUCACAAUUCUUCCAGUUGUCCAUUCAAAAGGGGGAUCAUGCACAACUGUUUUGGGCCUUGGAUAUGGGCUGUACUGUAGCAGUAUUUAUGGAGCAAAACAAAACAUAGCACCAAAAUGACGAAGUGCCCUUUAAUGUUGUUAUUGUUAAUGCACUUUUCCUUUGUUCUUUCUGUAAAAAAGUUCUUAACAUGUGUUGGCUGUAACUGUUGUCUUAACUGAAAGCAAAGAAUAUUCAUGCACAAGUUUUUCAUGUAGCCUAUCUGGGCUUCCUUGAAAACAUCUGAGCACUGAAACCUUGUCAUUUUAGUUAGAAGAAUGAAAACAUACUGAAGGCCUGUGAUUGAGUUUUUUUUAAAAUUUGCAUUACCAUUAUUCCCUUAACUGAUAUUUCAAUUUCCCUUGCUUUUUCUAGUGCAUUUGCUUCUGCAUUGAUGCUUUUGGAGGCCACAGAUGUACUUGCCUACUCUUCCUCUCAUUGCCCUCCCCUCUUUUUCCUUCCUAUUUCUUUAUUGGUCCACUAUCAUGGCCAUCUAUGCAUUUUGGGUGCAUAGUAAACCUCAAAUGGCUUUGCAUAUUUGACUUGACAGGCUUUAUUUGAGAUAAGAAAUGUACAAAGGAUCCUUGCUGUUUUAUUUUCUGCUGUCACUCCAAGUUAGUAUUUGCUCUGUUGAAUUGUUCCAGUGAAAUAAUAGGAAAUUAACUGAAAGCUGAUGAAAACACUUCAGAUCUUUUACAGUGAGAGCAAAUCAUUCAUAGAGGAGCUGAAGAGUCAUGAAAUUGGAAAAUGCCUAGACAUUAACCUGUGGAUUUAAAUCACUGUGGCUAUUUGGUUUAUCUGGCUUUUACAGAUGGGAGCCAAAUCGAGGCUAAAGAGUGGCAUAAAUUUGGUUUGUAAAAUGGCCUCAGUUUUUUUUUCUUUGAUUUGAGUUACAAAAGCAAAUUUUCAGUGCAAUGUCAACAUAUCUCCAGCGAUCCAUAUCUCAAUUAGUAUUUAAUUUCAUGGGGAAUAUGUGAAAUAAUUCAGCAAUUGUAAAUAAGAUCUGCAAUGAUUGUACGUCACAAAUCUUAUUGAUCUACGCCUUUUGUAGAUAUGUGUACUUUUGAUGAUUUAUUAAAAAUGAGAUUCUUAAGUAUUUAGUCAACCUAUAA